CAUAAAAAAUGGAAGGAGACGAAUCAAGUCGACACUCUAAUUUCUCUAAUAGAACCAGAGAUUCAAAUCAAAAGUCUGGAAUGAGUAAUAGAGAUGAAAAUAGUAGAGAAGAAGAAAAUUCUGGAGAUGAAAUUGACCUAGAAACUGGACGACAAAGGACUAGGAAAGAGUUAAGAAUGCUUAACUUCAGAAAUCCUGGAAAAUUCAUGGAUAAUUUUGAUCCUGAAAGAAGUAGUAGAGAAAUGAGAAAAAUGAACCGGAGAAUUUAUAAAGAAAACCUGAGGAAGAAUCAGAUGUAUGAUGAAUAUGGACGACUCUUAGAUGAUCUCCGCGAUCUCUGCGACUGCCUUCUUGAAGAAUGUGACGGGUGCCAUUUUCCAUGUACCAAGUGCAAAUCUACGAAAUGUGGAAUAGACUGUCGGAUAAACCGCCGUUACGUUUAUGAUCAAGUAGAAAUCGAGGGCAGUAGAACUGUUAUCAACUUUUCAGACACACUUGAACAAAUGGUUUAUUUCAAGUGAAAGCUUCAUAUUUGGGACCCAUCACACCAAAGUAGUUGGGAAGUAAGUCACCAGGGCUGAAAUUGAACAAGCACUGACAAUAUAAAAUAAUGUCAGUUUUGACCCCCUUUAGAUUAUGUCAUAAUAAACCUCAUAAACACCAUCUAUUCUAAGUAUUCUACAAGUCAAUUUGGCAAAACUGUAAUUCGAAAUACAUUUUAAAGCAUAUUUUGUUAAGUCCUCUCAAAAGAAAAUGGUUAAUUUAUUGUCAUAGAACCCUUUAUUUUUGUUGGUAAAAUGUUGUUGUUUUCUCCGAACAAAUUUAUAUAUAUAUCACGCACCACAAAAGAUAUGGGGAUGGACAUGGUAUUAAAAUGGAGAGCUCACGAUCAAAGCUAUAUGGACAUCUGGUUAACUCAAUAUGCAGCCCCAUUGCCCAAUGUGACUUGAGACCCAUUUUGAUGUGAUGGGUCACGUAAUAUGUGAAAGUCCUAUCAUUCUGCUGGCCAGUGGUUUAUAUUCGCAAUUGGGAUAGGGAGUGAACUGUGGUUGUCGUGAUGUGAAAAUAUUUGUCAUUGUAAAUGCAACUUCCAAACUGGUGCAAUAACUGCAUGUUCCUAUAUCAAAUUCUUCCAUGACCGGAAAUGUUUUGCCAGUUGUGAAAGAGGUCACACUGAUCAAGACUGGUUGUUUUGCCUUCUGCCUAUCAUAAAGCCUCGUGCGUAUAA